AUGGUCCCAUACGGAUUAACAUAUCACUGGUUUGCGGUGUCGGUGUCGCUCAAGGCUGCAUCGGCAGAUGACCAUGGUCCAGGGCUGUGGAGGCUUCAGGCACCUCAUGCUGGGGGCGAAGGCGUCAGGAACAUCAUAUCGGCGAUAUUGGACUCACAGGCGAAUUGUCCGGACCAGGGCCCGGAGAGACUGGUGACGAAUCUGCCUGCAAGCAUGAGAGCUCAUGUAGCAGAGGAGAGGAAAAGGGUUAAGGUGACCAUGGUGGACUUGGAGUUGAAGGUGGAAGAGCUCAGAUGGAAGGUGAUGUCAGACCCUUCGUCGCAGGCUCUGUACGAGGAUCUGAUAAAAAACGAAGCGGCUCUCAAACUUUACCAGGACAGCAACAAGGAGCGGCUGCAAGUUCUGAAGGGGUUGCUGCAAGAGCUGGUGGGUGAGUCUCCAUCAGGCACCCUGUCAGGCUUGGUCAAGUCCAGAAAGGCGAAAACCAAAAUAGCGGAACUCACUUUCAAAGGGGUGUUGAGGAAGGGAGCAAGCGAGGUGCUGCAAGCGGCCUCGGAGCAUUUCCGAGAGGCCUACGCGCUGUCGCCGCUGUCCUCUCCCGUGGAGCCGUGGCCGAUUGAAGAGGGAAAGGCGCUGCAGGAGAGUGAUCGCUUACAGCUGGACAGCGAAUGGUCAGAGCAGGAGGUGAAGCCGGCGCUUAAAGGCUUACCGGCGGGGAAGGCCCCGGGGCAGGACGGCUUGCCGAAAGAAUUUUUCGAAAGAAAUUGGGAGCUGUUGGGCCCGGCGGUGAUGAGGGAAGUUAGGACUUUCGAAUCAGCGGGUGUGCUUUCGGAGUCUUUCACGACGGCGGUUACGAUCCUUCUGCACAAAAAAGGAGACAGGGACGAUUUGGGAAAUUACCGGCCGAUUACAUUACUGAGUUUCUUCUACAAAUUACUGGCGAAGGUUUUGGCGAAUAGAAUCAAGGUGGUCUUACCGAGAGUGAUCUCCAGCAACCAGUUCGGCUUUCUUCCGGGGAGGAGUCUCGCUGAUGCUGUCUCUCUGGUAGCAGAUGCGAUCGACGCUGCGGAGCAGGAGGACGAGGACUGGCUGCUGUUGUUGGUUGAUUUUCAUAAAGCUUACGAUUCGGUAUCACGGGAAUACCUCUUCACGACGCUGGGCAACAUGGGCUUUCCGGGGAAGUUCACAAGAUGGGUGAAGGGUCUUCACGAUGGAGCGGCAACCAAGGUGCUGUUGAACGGCUGGAUAGGGGAACGGGUGGUGAUGGCCAAAGGGCACCGAAUUGACACCAUGGUGAUCCAAGGACUGGGGAAGGCCCUGGCGGAGCAGGAGCCACUUCGGAACUGGUUAAGGGAGAGGGCGGCGGCUUUUCCCCUCGGCUUGGCCAUGAUCUACGCGCAUCAUUCGGUCCUGAAGUCCUGGCUGGGGGGAGGCAUGAGAUGGAAAGCCACUAUUAAAGCGCUGUGGGACUCAAAACUGGUCACCAUAGGUGAUUCGGCACACAGGUGGGACGCAGAGGAGGAGCAGUUACUUUUCAAUCGCAGUAUUUUCUUCAGAGGCAGAUCACCUUUAGGAAACCAGGCGGGCUCGCUUUGCCUGAAGGGCGUCCGACUGGGGGACUUGGUGGCGAAAGGAGGAGAUGGCAGCAGAUCUCGUAAGAGCGAUGAGGUUCUGGAGAGGGAACUGGGAGGUGUGGAGCAGAGGAAAUGGGCCCUGAAGGCGUGGGAUGCGACACCACAGGGAUGGAAGGAUCUGGUACUCAAACAACUGUCGGCGGAGGAACUUUUCAGGGAAACGAGGCUGGUCCGCUCUGCGUCUUACCGCCCAGGAGAGUUCUUUUACUACCAGCUGCAAUAUGUGAGCAACGGCGAAGUUUAUGGUCGGAGAGUGACGGUGGACAAGAAAGGGAACAUAGGCGAGGUGGAAUACGCUUGCGUGGUAACGGUGGAAUUUUGA